GUCGGUAGGAGGAAAGGAGCUGUUUUCUGCUUGAUGCCAAGAUACGCCAGGCUAGAAGCGCCCUUCCCUUUCCACGGGCACCGGCCGCGAGUAGGCCUGCAGGCCGAGGGGCCAGGCCUCCAAGCUUUCCUGCAGCCCCGGCCUCUCCCUGCGGCCUGUGGGCCUGGGCUGUGCAGGCACCUGAGUGCUGUCCCAGUGCUGAAGUGGAGAAGGAGGAGGAGGAGGGAGAGAGCUCAGGCAUGGUCUGCCCUGCUGGCCGCGCUCCACUGUCCUGCUGCUGAGACAGCCCUGCCCAUGUGCAGCUGGGCUGUGGGAACAGUGGCCUGCCGGAGCUAGGAGGGAGGCCCACCGUUCAUGGGCCUCUAUGACUUUCGAGAUGCCCGGAAAGAGAGGCUGGGGCUGGUGGUGGGCCCGGCUGCCCCUCUGCCUGCUCCUCAGCCUUCCUGGCCCCUGGGUGCCUGUCCUCGCGAAACCUAAGGGUCACCCCCACAUGAACUCCAUCCGCAUAGACGGGGACAUCACGUUGGGAGGCCUGUUCCCUGUGCACGGCCGGGGUGCGGAGGGCAAGGCCUGCGGAGAACUGAAGAAGGAGAAAGGCAUCCACCGGCUGGAGGCCAUGCUGUUCGCUCUGGACCGCAUCAACAACGACCCGGACCUGCUGCCCAACAUCACGCUGGGCGCCCGCAUUCUGGACACCUGCUCGAGGGACACCCAUGCCCUGGAGCAGUCACUGACCUUUGUGCAGGCGCUCAUCGAGAAGGACGGCACGGAGGUCCGCUGCGGCAGCGGCAGCCCGCCCAUCAUCACCAAGCCUGAGCGCGUGGUGGGCGUCAUCGGUGCUUCAGGGAGCUCAGUCUCCAUCAUGGUGGCCAACAUCCUCCGCCUCUUCAAGAUCCCCCAGAUCAGCUACGCCUCCACCGCCCCCGACCUGAGCGACAACAGCCGCUACGACUUCUUCUCCCGCGUGGUGCCCUCGGACACGUUCCAGGCCCAGGCCAUGGUGGACAUUGUCCGUGCCCUCAAGUGGAACUAUGUGUCCACGCUGGCCUCGGAGGGCAGCUACGGCGAGAGCGGCGUGGAGGCCUUCAUCCAGAAGUCCCGCGAGGAUGGUGGCGUGUGCAUCGCCCAGUCUGUGAAGAUCCCCCGGGAGCCCAAGAUGGGCGAGUUCGACAAGAUCAUCAAGCGCCUUCUGGAGACGUCCAAUGCCCGGGCCGUCAUCAUCUUCGCCAACGAGGACGACAUCAGGCGGGUACUGGAGGCAGCACGGAGGGCCAACCAGACCGGCCACUUCUUCUGGAUGGGCUCAGACAGCUGGGGCUCCAAGAGCGCACCUGUGCUGCACCUGGAGGAGGUGGCAGAGGGUGCCGUCACCAUCCUUCCCAAGAGGAUGUCCGUUCGAGGCUUUGACCGCUACUUCUCCAGCCGCACACUGGACAAUAACCGGCGCAACAUCUGGUUUGCUGAAUUCUGGGAGGACAACUUCCAUUGCAAGCUGAGCCGCCACGCGCUCAAGAAGGGCAGCCAUGUGAAGAAGUGCACCAACCGGGAGCGCAUUGGGCAGGACUCUGCUUACGAGCAGGAGGGGAAGGUGCAGUUUGUCAUCGAUGCUGUGUACGCCAUGGGCCACGCACUGCACGCCAUGCACCGUGACCUGUGUCCCGGCCGCGUGGGGCUCUGCCCUCGCAUGGACCCCGUCGAUGGCACCCAGCUGCUGAAGUACAUCCGACAUGUCAACUUCUCAGGCAUUGCAGGGAACCCCGUGACCUUCAAUGAAAAUGGAGAUGCGCCUGGGCGCUAUGACAUCUACCAAUACCAGCUACGCAACGGCUCUGCAGAGUACAAGGUCAUUGGCUCCUGGACUGACCACCUGCACCUCAGAAUAGAGCGGAUGCACUGGCCGGGGAGCAGGCAGCAGCUGCCCCGCUCCAUCUGCAGCCUCCCCUGCCAGCCGGGCGAGCGGAAGAAGACGGUGAAGGGCAUGCCCUGCUGUUGGCACUGUGAGCCCUGCACGGGGUAUCAGUACCAGGUAGACCGCUACACCUGUAAGACCUGCCCCUACGACAUGCGGCCCACUGAGAACCGCACAGGCUGCCGGCCCAUCCCCAUCAUCAAGCUGGAGUGGGACUCGCCCUGGGCGGUGCUGCCCCUCUUCCUGGCCGUGGUGGGCAUCGCUGCCACUUUGUUCGUGGUGGUCACCUUUGUGCGCUACAAUGACACGCCCAUCGUGAAGGCCUCGGGCCGGGAGCUGAGCUACGUGUUGCUGGCAGGGAUCUUCCUGUGCUAUGCCACGACCUUCCUCAUGAUCGCCGAGCCUGACCUUGGCACUUGCUCCCUGCGCCGAAUCUUCCUGGGGCUCGGCAUGAGCAUCAGUUAUGCGGCCCUGCUCACCAAGACCAAUCGCAUCUACCGCAUCUUCGAGCAGGGCAAGCGGUCGGUCAGCGCCCCGCGCUUCAUCAGCCCUGCCUCACAGCUGGCCAUCACCUUCAGCCUCAUCUCCCUGCAGCUGCUGGGCAUCUGCGUGUGGUUUGUGGUGGACCCCUCCCACUCAGUGGUGGACUUCCAGGACCAGCGGACGCUGGACCCCCGCUUCGCCAGGGGUGUGCUCAAGUGUGACAUCUCGGACUUGUCACUUAUCUGCCUGCUGGGCUACAGCAUGCUGCUCAUGGUCACGUGCACUGUGUAUGCCAUCAAGACGCGGGGCGUGCCCGAGACCUUCAAUGAGGCCAAGCCCAUUGGCUUUACCAUGUACACCACCUGCAUUGUGUGGCUCGCCUUCAUUCCCAUCUUCUUUGGCACCUCACAGUCUGCUGACAAGCUGUACAUCCAGACGACCACGCUGACGGUGUCGGUGAGCCUGAGCGCCUCGGUGUCCCUGGGGAUGCUCUACAUGCCCAAGGUCUACAUCAUCCUCUUCCACCCGGAGCAGAACGUGCCCAAGCGCAAGCGCAGCCUCAAGGCCGUCGUCACGGCCGCCACCAUGUCCAACAAGUUCACGCAGAAGGGCAACUUCCGGCCCAACGGGGAGGCCAAGUCCGAGCUGUGUGAGAACCUGGAGGCCCCAGGGCUGGCCACCAAACAGACCUAUGUCACCUACACCAACCAUGCAAUCUAGCUGGGCUGCCAACGCCAAGUGGGCAGAGGAGGACCCACGACCCAUGUGGAAGGUGCGUUGGGCCAGGGCCACUCCCAAGGGCCCAGCUGACGUCCUGCCUGCCCGUGGGUGCCCACGGACGUGGCUUGGUGCUGAAGACAGUGGAGGCCGCCGCUGCCAUGCUGGCUAGGCAGUCUGGGCAAGCCAGGUGGGCAGCAGGGAGUCUGAGGGGCCAGGGCAGUUUCCGGCCACCACCAGGGACUUCGCUUGGAUGCUGAUUCUCCAAGCCCCCAGAGCACAGGGGCGCGGGAUGUGUGGGCCCGAGCACUGGUUUCCUCUCUCCCUCCACCUCUGUCUGUCCUGUUGGUGACCUCAGUCCGUCUCCACCCCCGUCUCUCCGUCCUCUUAUCUCUGUGUCCCUGUGGUUUUUCUCUGCACGUCUGGUUUGUUUGGGUUCUUGGCUUCUGUCCCUUCUCUUUCUGGUCUUGCUUCUGCCUCCUGGGCCAUUUGCUCUGUUCUGCUCUUCUUGCUUCUGGGUUUCCUCCGUGUCACUCUUCUCAUGCAUUUUUCUUUCCUCUCCCCCCCCUCAGUGUUA